GUGUGUGUUACAACUUCCUGUCAUGUCACACGGUAGAUCGUCUUUGAGUGUGUGUCCACGUUGGGUGUGAAUCCGAGCAACAUGCAAGCCAUCAAGUGUGUGGUGGUGGGAGAUGGGGCGGUGGGGAAAACAUGUCUGCUGAUCAGUUACACAACCAACGCCUUCCCAGGGGAAUACAUCCCCACUGUCUUUGACAACUACUCGGCCAACGUGAUGGUGGACAGCAAGCCGGUCAACUUGGGCCUCUGGGACACGGCCGGUCAAGAAGAUUACGACAGACUCAGACCACUGUCCUACCCGCAGACGGACGUGUUUCUGAUUUGUUUCUCGCUGGUGAGUCCUGCGUCGCAUGAGAACGUCAGAGCUAAGUGGUACCCUGAAGUACGCCACCACUGCCCGUCCACGCCCAUCAUCUUGGUUGGCACUAAGCUAGAUCUGAGAGACGAGAAGGACACGGUAGACAAGCUCAAAGACAAGAAACUGGCUCCAAUCACUUACCCACAAGGACUGGCACUGGCCAAGGAGAUAGAUGCUAUCAAAUACCUGGAAUGCUCUGCACUGACUCAGCGAGGUUUGAAGACUGUCUUUGAUGAAGCCAUCAGAGCAGUUCUUUGUCCGCCCCCAACCAAAGUCAAGAAGAAGCCCUGCACACUCAUCUGAUGACGGGACCGAAAAACCAGAUGACAUCCUCCUUUUUCAAGAACUUCCCAAGGUCAAAGUCCUCCAGUGGAAUUCUUGAACGCAUGCAAAUGUCAAGAAUGUGGACAUUAAGUUGUGUCAAACCUUGUUGCUAAUGCUUGUUCAAAUAAAAUAAAAGUUAUUUGUUUUGAUUAAAAGAAAAAAACCUUA